CAACAGCAGCAGCAGCAGUAUGGUUCAGGCGCGGGGGGCCGUGGCCCCCGCCUGCCUCCUUAUCCUCCUCCUGGUGGCCCUGCAAGCCCAGGGCGUCGGGGCUGCUCCGUGGCGAGCGCGGGAAUUAGACAUGGCUGGAGGUAAUGGACAUCCAGCUUCCCGGCUGGGUUCCAGGGCUGAUGCACAGGGAGAUCUCAUGGAUAUGGGUAGAGGGAGAGCUCUUCCAGCUCCUCGGCUGGAUCCUGCACUGGACCUCACCUGGCAUCCCAGGGGUCCUCAAAGAGCAAAGUAUAAAGCUGAAACAGGAAAGCGUUCCCAGCAAUCAUCAGAAGACCUAAAGGAAAUCCUGAAGGAAUUGGACAAAGCAGCACGUGAGCUGGACCGUGAGACUGUGGAGGAGGAGGCGCUUCAGGAAGGAGGCAGCCAGGCAGUGCCAGUCUCUGAUGAAAAAAAGGGGGCAAUUCAAUCAACAGGCGUGCCAGCGCUCUCCAACCCCGGGGAAGCCCACCACACCGGCAUCUAUGAAUUUUUUCGAACGAAUACAGGUGUGGAUGGCAAGAGAAAUGCAAAUGCUAUGGAUCCAAAUGAUUUCCAGAAGUACUGCAUAGAAGGCGCCGCGGCAAUCCUGGGCUCCAUGCUGCUUGGGAUGCUAUUGUGUUGUGGCAUCUAUGUGUGGAGGAAGAGGAGACAGCGCCUCGCUGCAGCUUCGUGAGCCCGGCCCAACACCAGCAGCUACCCCUCACACCUAGACAGCCGGACCACCCCCCUCAGCAACCCUGAGAGCCAGACCCGACACCAGCAGCCAUCGCCUGUGCCUGGAGAAGCGGCCCGCCAGCCACGGAGCAUCGGGGGGGGGCGACCGGCCCCCACCAGCCCAGACACCCACCCGGUCUGCCCGCCUCCACCCCGGCCUCCGUAGCUGU